AAAGUGCAAAUUUGAAAUGGUGUACUUUAAGGCGGAACAAAAUAAAACAAUUUGUCGGCCUGCUGGUUAGAGAGUAUAGCUCAAAAUGUAUGGGAUGAAGGUUGGAUUGCUGACAUUGUGUCUCGUGGUGCUGGAUGCUCGGGUCAUUGACCUGUCUCAUCGACACGGUCCGCUGACCUUAAUGUCGCCUGGACAACCGCACUACAACAGGUCGUUGGUGUCACGUGGCGAAUACUUGCCUGGCGUGUUCGCAGAGAACGGCAGGUACGAAAGCGGAGAGCAUGGAGGGACACACAUGGAUGCCCCUGUACAUUUCGUCAUGGACGGCCAAACACUGGACGAUGUCCCCAUUGAGAACACGAUCGGUGAGGGUGUGAUGAUUGACUGCUCACGAGAGGCCAGCCUGAACAACAGUUACAUGGCACCACUAGACAAGGUGCUGGAGUGGGAGAAACAGCACGGCGAGAUCCCCCCAGAGGCCGCUGUCAUCUUCAACUUCGGCUGGUCAUGGAGGUUUAACAACAGCAGGUUGUACAUCAAUACAGAGAGCCAGUUACUUAGGGAGAUGGUGUUCCCGUCAAUCAGCGAGGCGGCUGGCAGAUUUCUCCUGGAGCAGCGACAUGUCAAGAUGAUCGCCUCGGACACGCUCAGUCCCGACCCCCUCAGCGAGGGCGGUCAGAACGCCCGGAGUCUGCCCAUCCACCAGACCUACCUCCCCCGGGGGAAGCUGAUCGUGGAGAACCUCAGGGGCACGGAGGAGCUUCCCCCCAGAGGUUUCCGGUUCCACGCCGCGCCGGUUCGGUAUGCCGACGCCAGCGGUGCGCAAGUUCGUGCAUACGCCAUCACGUACGACAUGAGCAGUGGUGCGUGGUGUUGUGUGGCACAUUUUCUGUGUGUCAUAUUGUGUAGCGUGGUGUGUAGUGGCACAUUUUCUGUAUGUCCUCUUGUGUAGCGUGGUGUGUAGUGGCACAUUUUCUGUAUGUCCUCUUGUGUAGCGUGGUGUGUAGUGGCACAUUUUCUGUAUGUCCUCUUGUGUAGCGUUGUGUGUUGUAGGACAUUUUGUGUGUGUCCUAUUGUGUAGCGUGGCCUGUAGUGGCACAUUUUCUGUAUGUCCUCUUGUGUAGCUUGGUGUAUUGUAGGACAUUUUUUGCGUCCUCUUGUGUAACGUGUUGUGAUAACAUCGAGGACAGAAAUUUUACCCCUUUAUAUAUUUAGCCUUAGUCAGAUCAUUACAUGGAUCUGGACAUGGGUGAUCCAGUGUAUAAUAUAUGGAUGCUUCUUCAUUCUCAAGGGAUAAUAAAAUACAUUUUU